AUGCAGGCCGACGCAUCGCGCCGCCUCUCCAAGGUUUCGGCCUCCCGGGUCGAAGCCGGCACAAGCAACGGCAAUGCGGAUCGCACGCUCGAAGACCUCGGCUACAAGCCUGAGUUGCAGCGCAAUCGCUCCAUCUGGCAGGUCACCUUUAUGUGCUUCAUUCUCUCGUCUGUUCCUUACGGUCUAUCCACGACGCUUUAUUAUCCGCUCAUCGCUGGUGGCCCUGCCAACGUCAUUUGGGGUUGGGUUUUGGUCUCCUUCCUGAUUUUGUGUGUGGCCAUCUCUCUCGCCGAGAUUACUUCAGUGUAUCCCACUGCUGGUGGCGUGUACUAUCAAACAUUUGUCUUGUCCCCCUUGUGGUGUCGACGUGUCGCAUCCUGGAUUUGUGGGUGGUCUUAUGUGGCCGGAAACAUCACCAUCACCCUCGCCGUUAAUUUUGGUACCGCGCUCUUGUUCAUCGGUUGUCUCAAUGUCUUUGAGAAAUCCCCCGGUGUGGGAAUCACCGACGAUUUUGGUGCCUGGCAGACUUUUCUGAUCUUUUUGGCCAUUACCCUGUUGACUCACGCUAUCUCAGCCUUUGGCAACAAAUGGCUGACCAUGCUCGAGACAUUCGCCAUUUUCUGGACUCUCGCUGGAUUGAUCACUAUCGUGGUUUGUCUUCUCGCCAUCGCCAAGGAAGGCCGUCGCGAUGCGUCCUGGGUUUUCGGAAACUUUGAGCCUCAAGCGGGUUGGCCAGCGGGUUGGUCCUUCUUCAUCGGCCUUUUGCAGGCGGCCUAUGCCACCUCGGCCACCGGCAUGAUUAUUUCACUCUGUGAGGAAGUUCGUGAACCGGCUGUGAUGGUGCCCAAGGCCAUGGUUGGUACUAUUGUCAUCAACUUCCUGGCCGGUCUCCUCUUCCUCAUCCCCCUGUGCUUCGUGAUGCCCGAGUUGAGCUUGAUCAUAAAUUCUGCGCAGCCUACGCCCGUCAUCUUCAAGUCCGCCAUUGGCAAUGCUGCCGGUGCCUUCUGUUUGACCAUUCCGCUGCUCGUGCUCGGUUUGAUCUGCGGUGUGGGCUGUGUCACGGCGACCUCGCGAUGCACGUGGGCCUUUGCUCGCGAUGGCGGUAUUCCCGGCUCCGGCUGGUGGAAGACCGUAGACAAGAAGUUUGAUAUUCCCCUCAAUGCCAUGGCCCUGGGCAUGGUGGUUGAAAUCGCGCUCGGCCUCAUUUACUUUGGGUCCACUGCCGCUUACAACGCCUUCUCCGGUGUCGGUGUCAUUUUCUUGACCAUGAGUUACGCCUGCCCCAUUGCCGUUUCCCUGCUAUUCCGCCGUCGGGAGGAUGUUCAAAAUGGUAAAUUCAACUUUGGUAUCAUCGGCCUGAUCGCAAAUGUGUUCGCUCUUGGCUGGAGUUUGUUAGCCAUUCCCUUGUUCUGCAUGCCCACCACCAAGGAGGUCACCAAAGAAACCAUGAACUAUGCCUCGGUGGUGUUCUUCGGCUUUGUUAUCAUUGCUGCGGUGUGGUACGCGGUCUGGGGUCUCAAAAACUAUCGCGGUCCCCCCACGGACGCGGUUCAUCAUGACGACUCGUCCAUCACUCCCUCGUCUCGCGAGACGAGCGAGGUCGCUCGAAAAAGUCAUGAUAUUGCAGGAAAGCCCAAAUCCCCUUGA